GAACAGAAUUUUAAAAUGUGACCUGAAUGAGACUGAAUAGUGUCUUGUUUGGGACCCUCUCAUGCAUUUCAGGCAGACUGAAAGGAGGUAUUACCACCUCAACAGAAAACCCAUCAUUAUAAGCGAGAAAGAAAGAGUUUUCAUGAAUAAUCCACCACUCACACAAUCUCAAUUCACACUUGUUUUUCUCAUUCUCUCUAAUCUAAAAAGAGAGAUAACAACAACCGUAUUGGAGAUUUUAAAGAAGUUUCUUUUGUUUAGUCCAUAAUUAAAGACUAACAAUUAAGCUAUAUAUAAUUUUAGUUUGCAUGAAUUGAGAUACUUGCUUAGAGAGAAGAUGGGUUCUUGUUAAAGUGGUGGGUACCUUUUUUAGUUCUUUGGUUUUUGUUUUUGUUUUUCUUGAGUUGAUGGGGAACUGUUGGUUUAGAUGGAAACCUUCAAUUUACAGAGUCUCAUCUAAUGCAAAAUCAGAUUCUCCAAAAGUUGAAAGUCUAACAAAGGAAGAAGAGAAAAAAACAGUGUAUAAGUUACCUUCAAAUCCAGAAGAAGUUGAAGAUUUCCGUCGUGGAGAUUUGGCUGUGAAUCCGUUAGUAGUUUUUAGUUUUAGUGAAUUAGAAGUAAUAACAAGCAAUUUUAGACAAGAUCAUGUAUUGGGUGGAGGUGGAUUUGGAAGUGUUUAUAAAGGGUUUAUCUCUGAAGAUUUAAGAGAGGGAAUUCAAUCUCUUCAAGUUGCUGUUAAAGUUCAUGAUGGUGAUAAUAGUCAUCAAGGUCAUAGAGAAUGGCUGGCUGAGGUUAUAUACUUGGGGCAACUUUCACAUCCAAAUUUGGUGAAACUAGUAGGAUAUUGCUGCGAAGAUGAACACCGAGUGUUGAUUUAUGAGUAUAUGCCGCGGGGUAGUGUCGAGAACAAUCUCUUCUCAAGAGUUUUACUUCCUCUUCCAUGGUCUGUCAGAAUGAAGAUUGCAUUAGGUGCUGCAAAAGGACUUGCAUUUCUCCAUGACGCAGAGCAGCCAGUCAUCUAUCGAGAUUUUAAGACAUCCAAUAUUUUGCUUGACAUGGACUACAACCCAAAGCUUUCUGAUUUCGGCCUAGCCAAAGAUGGACCAGUGGGCGAUAAAUCUCACGUGUCUACUCGCAUCAUGGGAACUUAUGGCUAUGCAGCUCCUGAAUACAUAAUGACGGGGCAUUUAACACCUAGGAGUGAUGUCUAUAGCUACGGUGUCGUUCUGCUCGAGCUACUAACUGGAAGAAAGUCCUUGGACAAAUCCCGUCCAGCCCGAGAACAAAACUUAACAGACUGGGCACUUCCUUUACUUAGCGAGAAGAAAAAACUUGUUAACAUAAUAGACCCAAGAUUAGGAGGCGAUUAUCCGAUCAAAGGAAUUCACAAAGCAGCUAUGCUUGCUUAUCAUUGCUUAAACCGUAACCCAAAAGCUAGACCAUUGAUGAGAGAUAUUGUAGAUUCUUUAGAGCCUCUACAAGUUUCAACGACGGAGUUGUCAAAUACUGUUCUUACUUACAGUGAUGAAGCCUCACUAGUUGCGUCUCGAAAGAAAUGAGGAUUCUCAUUGAAAGUGUUGUGAGUUUAUUGUGUUUUCUUCGGAAUUCCUGCACGAGGAAAAUGUGUAAUUUGAUUUGUUUCAUUCCAAUUUCCUAAAGAUGCUGUUGUUGUUGCUGUUGCUGCUGCUGUUAAGCUCCAAACAUAGAUAUAACAAAAACUGAUAUUGUGAUACUUGUAGGGGUUUGGGUGAUUAAUUAUUGGUUUAACACUUGUUUUUAGCUGCAUAUUAUAUGUUAUUGUUACUUAUUUGGGGAUAA